AUGAAGUGUCUGAGAUUUUUGUGGUUGACUGUCACGAUACUGGUGAUAUGGAGUCCGUCGGCACGCUGUCGCAAUGUCACCACGGAAGACAUCCGAGACGCGAUGCUUUCUCUUAUCCACAUGUUCCGAGUAUCAGAAGACAAGCUGGAGCGGCACGAGUUCCGCGAAAGGAAUUUUGGGGAGCAACUAAAAAAGAUGGUCGCUGGGUUGGAGAAGAGGCAUCGGGCGCUCGAACCGAUGAAGGGCACCGUAUCGAGACUCGAUGAGAGGCUGUCUAAUGUGGAGACGAUACUAUUACAGAAAGAGGAAAGAGAGAAAGGGCAGCGAAAAAAGACUGAGGAAACGCUUGAUGAAAUAAAGAAGUCUAUUCAAACACUCACAGCCACAGUAACUAAAAAUAUCAAAGCUAUCAGCACAGCGUCAGACACGGAGAACAAUUUAACCACGAAUGAGGAGUCCGUAAAUAAAAGACUUGAUACCACAGAUCAAAAAUUAGACCUAAUACAGAAAGAGAUUGAAGUAUUGAAGAAAAGUUUGAGCAAGGAAUCUUUGCACGCCAUGUGCAUGGGCAUUGCGACCGAGGUGAAUCCUUUCGAACGUCACAUUACUGAAGCGGAGAAACUGUUGAAUAAAUACGAGCUGAAACUGAACGAAUACAACGAAACCGUGAACAAGGUGCCCACAGACUUCGUUCCGCUCAGCGAAGUUGCUCUCGCUGAUGAAGCCUGGCAUAACAAGAUGACUACCGUCAUGGAACGACAAGAAGCGGAUAUAAAGAAAAUUCAACAGUUGCUCUCCGAUGCUGAAAGUACUUGGAAGGAGCUUCCCCGGCGAUCGGAGUCACAGCUUGGUUUGAAUCUUACAUUGGAGGGAAUUCAAAGUAUCAAACAUUAUCUUACAGAAACAGAGGAAAAUUCUACAUCCAAGAUAACAAACAAACUUCGUGAAAUGAGCGAUCGCCUGGCGGCCACCAACGUAGACAUUCAGAACAGCCUGACACAGAGCAACACAAUGAGUGAGCGCGCAUACAACGAUAUUUUGAGCAGCUACGGUACAUUGCUUACAGAGGUCCAAGCUCUCUCAAAGAAUGAACAUGUGAUGUUACAAACAGCCGACAACGUGAUCGCAAACAAAAAGCGCAUCGACCACGGUAUACAUCUGAUACUGUUGGAGAUGAAGGAUCUGGUCCACAGCCAGACUCUGCAUUUGAAUAAAACGCUCAUCGACAGGAUCAAUGAGACGGAGUCGUCGAUAGUGAGCAGCCAAAUGGGCGCGAUGGUGGCGUUGACUGGCAAGAUUGAGUCUGAGAUGACACAAGUUUGGCGCCAGAUCGGUAUUAUGUACCAGCAACUAACUGCCAGCAAAGCGUCGCUCGACAAACUUACGGGACAAACUGAGCAAUACGUUAAUAGCAGCGCAGCUACUCUGGAAAGCAUGAAUGAUAAAGUGGGUUUGAUUACGACACGCAUGACUGAAGUGGAUGAUAAUUUAAAUUAUCUACUAGGAAGGUUGUCUCUUGUGACACAGGAGUUCAGCCAAAUUAAGACCGGUCUUGGCGACGCAUUGGACAAAGCAAAAUCUAAUCUGAAAACUGUACAAUCAAAACUUGACAAUGGCGGCGCAGGUCCCCACAACAUCGACAAAGGCGAGAAAUCACCACAGUGA